AUGCCGGAGGAGACUGGGCCCAUAAACUACGACAAGCCAGUGCCCCGGGAGCCCGAGGGACCAGCACGCGUGGAGCAGGUCCGUGUCCGCAACCGGCGACGCGAGUAUCUCGAGCGUCAUGCUUCCUACUUUGACAGUCUGGAGCACGAGCUAGCAGAUGCGAUGCUGUACGAACGUCUGAUCAAACGCUUCCAAUCGGUACCGGAGCGCACGGCAGAGGGCAAGGCCAAGGGGUACGGACGCACGCUUGAAGCGUCACUCAUGCGGGGGGAGACGAGGAUGGCAAAACUGGCGGCAGAAGCUGCAACGACAACGUCACCACCUUCUGCUGCCGCUAUUGCCACUUCCAGUAACCCCGACACCCGAGACGAGGAGGACGAUGGUAGUGGCAACAGGACCUGGGUCGAUGUCACUCCUGCAGACAGGGAAGAGGGAAUACAGCUGUGGAGGGACUUUCUAGAAUAUCGGUUCGUGAGAGGGCAGGAUGAGGACUUUGACUAUGCCAUUGUCGAUGGGGAUCACGACUUAGAUUCGCUAGAGAGGCAGGAUGAACAGGAUUCAUGGUUUGAUGACCAGGAGCCUGGCUGGGCUAGUGAUACUGAGCAUCAAGUACACGGGGAGACUGGUGUUCAAGACUUUUAA